AAGCCCUAGCUCAUCGUUGUUCUUACAAACAAAAACCGUAGCUUUGAAUUCCAUUUCCAAAAGCUCCCGAGCGUAGCUUGCUUCGUAGCUCGAAUGGCGACUGAAGCACCAGACAAAAAUGAAACCCCACCCGAGGCCGCCAUUCAAUCGCUCUCAGUAUCCGAAUCCCACACGCAUGAACUAGCCUCGAGCUCUUCAAAUCCAAGCAACCAGAUGAGUUUGGAGGAGAAGUACCAGAUUGUUAGGAGUGUAGGAGAGGAGUGUAUUCUCGAAGAGGAGCUGCGAAAUCUGUUGGCGAACAAGCCCGAACCGGUCUGCUACGACGGGUUUGAGCCCUCUGGCCGAAUGCACAUCGCUCAGGGAGUUAUGAAGGCAAUAAGUGUGAACAAGCUGACAUCUGCUGGCUGCAGAGUGAAAAUCUGGAUUGCUGAUUGGUUUGCCCAGCUAAACAAUAAGAUGGGGGGUGAUUUGAAGAAAAUCGAGACUGUGGGGCGCUACAUGAUUGAGAUUUGGAAAGCUGUUGGGAUGGAUGUAGGACGAAAAGUUGAAUUUUUGUGGUCGUCAAAGGAGAUCAAUUCUAGAGCAGAUGAGUACUGGCCUCUUGUUAUGGAUAUAGCUCGAAGGAAUAAACUCCCAAGGAUAAUCAGGUGUAGUCAAAUUAUGGGUCGAAGUGAGCAGGAUGAGUUGUCUGCAGCCCAAAUACUCUACCCAUGCAUGCAGUGUGCUGAUAUAUUUUUCCUGAAGGCUGACAUUUGCCAACUCGGAAUGGAUCAGCGGAAAGUGAAUGUACUUGCAAGAGAGUACUGUGAUGACAUCAAGAGGAAGAACAAGCCCAUUAUUUUGUCACACCAUAUGUUACCUGGUUUACAGCAAGGGCAGGAGAAGAUGUCAAAAAGUGAUCCAUCGUCCUCCAUUUUUAUGGAAGAUGAUGAGGCGGAAGUGAAUUUGAAGGUAAAGAAAGCUUAUUGUCCUCCAAAGAUUGUAGAGGGGAAUCCUUGCUUAGAGUACGUAAAGUAUCUCAUUUUACCUUGGUUUAAGGAGUUCAUAGUUGAACGCAAUGCAGAGAAUGGUGGUCAUAAAACCUUCACAAGCUUUGAAGAAUUGAUUGCUGACUAUGAAAGUGGGGAGCUACACCCAGCUGACCUUAAACCGGCUUUAUCAAAGGCAUUGAAUAAGAUACUGGAGCCAGUAAGAGAACACUUCAAGAAGGAUAGUAAUGCAAAAGAUCUAUUGAAAAGGGUUAAGGCUUACAGAAUCACAAGGUGAUGCAAAAUAGAGCCUUCGACAUUUUGCUCCUUUCGGGUGGGUGGAAGGUCUGAUGUGUGGGAAUUGGUUUGAGCCAUUGCACUCAAUUAAAACAGUUAUAACGAUAUACUGCCAUUUUAGUCCAAUUCUAUUCUUUCAGAUAGAAGCAGAUCUUUUUACUGAAUUAUGUUCCGGAUCUAAUGAAUAAGAGCAAUGCAAGUCCUCGGUUUUAGAGUCGUAAAAACAGUUUUGUUUUAUAUGCUAAUAUCAAAUACUUCUUUCAAUUGGUUGAAUUCCAAAUUUUGGAUGGAGUUUCGACGUG